UUCAGUCCGUGUUUUGCCACCAUUGAUGACUCAGGUUAAAUGGUUCAUUGUGGGAUUGGUUAAAGUUUAAUGACCCUGCAAUAUAAAGACAUCACCUAUAAGAGGCUGGUACACAGGAACUGCCUGCAACUGGGUCCUUGACAGGAAUCAGGUUCCUGAAUAUUCAAAAUGGCCAAGAAAAUUAUAAUAGUAGCCCUUGCAGUGCUGCUGUUAGCAUGUCUUGCCACAUUUCUGGGUGUUUUCUUUGGUGUGACGAAAAGAAGCGGCUACUGGAAGGCAGCUGUGGCAGCAGAUGCUACCACCUGUUCAGAGGUUGGCAGGGAUAUACUCCAGAAAGGGGGAUCGGCAGUGGAUGCUUCAAUAGCUGCGUUAUUAUGUGUUGGAUUAAUGAAUGCUCACAGUAUGGGCAUAGGAGGAGGUCUUUUCUUCACUAUCUAUGAUGCAAAAACUGGGAAAGUUGAGGUGAUUAAUUCAAGGGAGACCGCGCCACACAAUGCAACAGAGAACAUGUUUGGGAACAGCACAGAAUUAUCCCGGAAAGGAGGGUUGUCCAUUGCCGUUCCUGGAGAGAUUCGAGGCUACGGGAUGGCCCACAGCCGGCACGGCAAACUGCCCUGGAAAGACUUGUUUCAGCCAAGCAUUGAACUUGCUGAAAAAGGAUUUCCACUGGGCAAGGCGCUGGCGAGAGCUAUUGAAAGUAACAAGGAAGUUAUCCUGAACGACACAGGCCUCUGUGAGGUGUUUUGUGGGAAAGCCGGUGAUGUGUUAAAAGAAAAUGAGACCAUUAAAUUCACCAAACUAGCAGAAACAUAUAGGACAAUAGCCGAGAAAGGGGCAGAGGAGUUCUAUGUAGGGCAACUGGCUGAGGAUCUUGUGAAAGAUAUUCAGGCUGCAGGUGGCAUCAUCACAAAGGAAGAUCUGAAGGAUUAUGUGCCUAUCUUGGAUGAAAACCCUUUAAGGGUGAAUAUGGGGGAGUACUCUAUGGUUGUUCCCAAUGCCCCUGCUAGCGGCCCUGUGGUAUCGCUGAUAUUAAACAUCCUGAAUGGGUACAACUUCAGCGCUGACAGUGUUACGACCAAAGAGAAAAAGAUCCUAACCUUCCAUCGCAUUGUGGAGGCCUAUCGUUUUGCUUAUGCAAAAAGAAGUUUACUUGGGGAUCCAAAGUUUGUUAACAUUGAAGAUCUCAUCCAGAACAUGACCUCCUCUUCUUACGCCAAUGCCCUCCGGGAAAAGAUUACGGAUGAUACCACACAUCCCAUGGGCUAUUAUGAGCCACAGUUUUACUUGCCUGAAGACUACGGGACAUCCCACCUAUCAGUUGUAUCGGAGGAUGGAAGUGCUGUGGCUGCCACCAGUACCAUAAACAAUUAUUUGGGCUCCAAAGUCAUCUCAAGAUCCACAGGAAUUAUUCUAAACAAUGAGAUGGAUGACUUCAGCUCGCCAUACAUCACAAAUUCUUUUGGAGUUCCUCCUUCCCCGAACAAUUUCAUCAGGCCAGGGAAAAGGCCAAUUUCUGCUAUGUGUCCAGCAAUCAUUUUUGACAAAAACAACAAUAUCAGGAUGGUAGUCGGAGGUUCCGGAGGAACAAAAAUCACAACUGCUGUAGCUCAGGUCAUUCUCAAUGCACUCUUCUUCAACUUUGAUGUUGACAAAGCCGUCGAAGAACGAAGGAUCCACAACCAGCUGAGUCCCAACGUCACAGUGGUGGAAUCUGAAUUUGAUAAAGAAGUCGUUGAUGGUUUGACAAAGAAGAACCAUGAGACAGAGUACCUCAGCCCCACAACAAUAGGAGCCGUGGUGCAGGUUGUGAUGCGUCAUGAAAACAGGCUGUACGCUAAGUCGGACAGUCGUAAAUGGGCGGAAGCUGCCGGGUACUGAGGAUAUAAAUCUUUCUCCAAUUAUAAAGUGUCAGUAGCUGCCUGAAGUUUGACACUUUUGGCAGAUUGACACUUUUGAUAGAUUAGGACUCAGUGGGUAAAACAACCACAAUCAACAGUCUGAGACAGCAGAUUUUGUGUACACUGAACAAUGUAUAUAAACUUUAAAAAAAAAUAGUACCUCUGUUAAUUCUAAUCUCUUCUGAAUUUACAGACCAAACUUAAUUUAUUGUCAUUAAUUUAUUUGUUAGCUAUAUCUGAAACUGUAGCUUUACAGCUUUGUUUUAAUCAAAUGUAAUAAAUGUAAUAUAACAAUCUGUAAAGCAGACAUUAAUCUAUUGAUAAAACUGUGUUUAAAGAUGUCUUUUUAAAAGUACACAUUUCUCUCGUGUUUAUGGAGUUCCUUUUAAAAUCAUUAGCACAACUGAGCUGCUAUUUAGCUGUUUAUGGUUGUUGAAUUAUAAAAGAAGUAGCAACAAAGGUCUUAGACUGUAACCCCUCAGGGACAAACGGUUCCAGGGAAAAAAAUAAUGACUCAAAGUGCAGCGACCUACAGUGACCUCAUCUCAUCAUAUUUGCAGCUGGUCUCUACAAUCUUGACUUUUAUUGCCGGAAUUGUGAAGUAUUAGAAAGUGCUCCUAUCAUGUUUAUUUUCUUGUCAAAUUUUAAAGCUAUUUUGCAAGAACACUGUAGUUUAAGGAGCUCAUAGCAUGCCCGUUCACAGGUUAACAUUUUCUUCUCAUGCAUCUAAUGUCAUAGUUAUAGUAUGUGACAUGGAGGUCAAAAGUUUUCUUUUCUUAUUAACUUGUACAUGAAAUGGAUAGUGUUUUUUUAAAGGUGGUUCUGGUAAGUUAUUGUUGGUGAGAGUUCCCCUACAUGUAGUGAAAACGUCAGAUAGCCUUGAGUUUGUAAAGAGAGGAAAAUCAUUAGAGAUGAAAAACUUCAGCUGAUUUUAAAUUAACUGAAAUGGAUAUUGUUGACAUAUAUGGGUUGAAAUGCUACAAUGUUUUAGUGGAUAUUAACCAUCUAAACACUCACUGUUGCUAUUGUCUCAGAUGUGAAAUGUUUACCAGGAUAAGCACAGGAACGUAGCAUCUUCACAGCUAUUGCACUAAGGAGGAAAUGGUUAUUGGUUUUAGUUAUUACUAUGAUAGAAUUGUCUAUCGUUAAUGGCAACGUUAUGAUACAACUGGGAUUUUUUUAAUAAUGAGCAGUUGUCAAAUAAAUUACUGCAACAACUGCUACUGCUGAUAAUAAUAAUAGUGAUGUUGUUAAAUGUACAGGUUGGCUGCUUGUUUCACUCUUAACACUUUUUGCAUUUUUUUUUUACAUAUUUGAACACAUUUGUGAUAAUAUUGAUAACUGGGAUGAAUUUCCACAUUAUAGUCAUGAUCCUAAUUAUCAUAUUGUUACAUGCUUAUGUUGUACAAAUGAUAGCCUAUAGUGAAAUCCGAAACGUUACUCCACUCUUGCCAACCUUUGAGCAGAUUGAUGUUCAAAGUUUGGCAAGAGUGGCGUGUAAUUCUGCAUGGUAGCUUUUCUAUUGCAAAAAACCCCCAAAUAACUGAGACACAGCUGUUUGUUUAGUAGUUAGUUUGUUUAAUAGCUGGAAAGUUUAGAUGAUUAAUUUCCACAAGUAAAGCACUGUAUCCCACUAAUAUAAACAUUUUCACAUUUAAUUUGUUUCGGAUUGUCAGCAUCUUCCCCCAUCUGACUAGCUGUUAGCUUUUCACUGCUCUAAAGGGUUCUUUCACUUUUUAACAAACUAACUUGAAAAUGAGAUUUGUCUACAAGAGGUAGAGAAACUUUUACUGAUAAUAAUUUAACAGAAUCUUGCAAAACUUUUUAAUCCUGUACAUCUUCUGUCUGAGCAGUCCAUUUAAGCUCCAGACUAUUUAAACUGAGCACAUCAAAGUCACCACGAAAAAGUAUUUAAGCAAAUAUCUCUAGAUGACAGAGAUUAUUAAAAGAUGAUCAUACAGACAAGGAUGUUUAUGAGUAUUCACAAACCUUCCACAUGUAGAAAACAAAACCUAUGGAGAAAAAAGCAAACUUGGCUGUACAAUAAUUUAACAUAUAUUGAAACAAUAAACUAGCUGAAAACUGCUGCUGUAGACAACA